AAUGACUUUAUGCCGCUAUUCAAUUCAGUGAAGCAGUCACAGUCGGGCAGCUGUCAUAUAAGGAGCAAACAGCUCACUCAGCAACCGCACUUGCGUUUCGGCAUUCAAGACAGCUUGUGCCAUUACUUGGGGGAAAUUAUUUGUGAGACAACGUGGAAUAAAGACUGAGCAAUACCGACAGCCCGUUGACUUACUGAAAUGAGCCCCGCGAACCAGAUAUGCAUGGCAACAUCCUAGAAAAGAGUUCUCGCAGUGUGCAAGGAGUCAAAAGGAGAAGGGAGCCGCUGGUAACAAUCAGACAGAAUGGGUGAGACGGAGGAUGAGCGCACAGCUAAGGCCAGCCAGCUCUUUGAGAACUUUGUCCAGAUGUCCACAUGCAAAGGGACUCUGCAGGCCUUCAGUAUCCUCUGCAGGCAGCUGGAGCUAGAUCCGAUGGACUACAGCAACUUCUACAGCUCACUGAAAACAGCAGUCACCUCCUGGAAGGUCAAAGCUCUGUGGACCAAAUUGGACAAGAGGGCACAGCAAAAAGUGUACAGCCAGAACAAAGCCUGUCAAGGAACUCGGUGUCUGAUCAUCGGCGGCGGACCUUGUGGUCUGCGGACAGCCAUCGAACUGGCCCUGCUGGGUUGUAAGGUGGUGGUGAUUGAGAAGAGGGACACCUUCUCCAGGAACAAUGUGCUUCAUCUCUGGCCCUUCACCAUUGAAGACCUCAGAGGCCUAGGGGCCAAGAAGUUCUAUGGCAAAUUCUGUGCGGGCUCCAUCGAUCAUAUCAGUAUCCGUCAACUCCAGUUGAUGCUGCUUAAAAUUUGCCUCAUUCUGGGGAUUGAGGUUCAUGUCAAUGUGGAAUUCCUCAAACUUGUGGAGCCACCAGAAGAACAGACUGAUGACAGUCCAAGUUGGAGAGCGGAUAUCCAGCCCUCAAGCCACUCUGUCUCAGAUUUUGACUUUGAUGUGGUGAUUGGAGCUGAUGGACGCAAAAACACAUUAGAUGGUUUCAGCCGCAAGGAGUUUCGAGGAAAGCUGGCCAUUGCGAUUACGGCUAACUUUGUCAACAGAAACACCACGGCAGAGGCCAAAGUGGAAGAGAUAAGUGGAGUGGCCUUUAUCUUCAACCAGAAGUUCUUCCUUGAACUAAAGGAAGAAACAGGAAUUGACUUGGAGAACAUUGUUUACUACAGGGACAACACUCAUUAUUUUGUCAUGACUGCAAAGAAGCAGAGUUUGCUGGACAAAGGGGUCAUUAUUAAUGACUAUGUAGAAACAGAGCGCUUAUUAAGCAGUGACAAUGUAAACCAGGAAGGUUUGCUCUCUUAUGCCCGUGAGGCAGCAGACUUUGGCACAAAUUACCAGCUACCAUCACUGGACUAUGCUAUCAACCACUACGGGCAGCCAGAUGUAGCAAUGUUUGACUUCACCAGCAUGUAUGCCUCAGAGAAUGCUGCUUUGAUCAGGGAGAAACAUGGACAUCAGCUACUGGUUGCAUUGGUGGGAGAUAGUCUGCUUGAGCCUUUUUGGCCAAUGGGUACAGGUUGCGCACGGGGUUUUUUGGCAGCUUUUGACACAGCUUGGAUGGUGAAGGCCUUUGCACAGGGCAAGAAUUCACUGGAGAUACUGUCAGAGAGGGAGAGUAUCUACCGACUACUGCCUCAGACCACAAAUGAGAACAUCAAUAAAAACUUCGAUCAGUAUACCAUUGACCCUGCAACCCGCUAUCCCAACCUAAAUUCCAGCCAUGUACGCCCCCACCAGGUGCGACACCUCUUCAUUGAUGGCAAACAGGACUUUUCAAACCUUGAAGGUACCAUAGGUAGACCUGUCAACCUUUCCAGAGGAGAGUGUGAGGUGCGCCCUGACAGGCUGCUGACAUGGUGUCAGAGACAGACAAAUGGCUAUAGAGGGGUCGACAUCACCAACCUGACAUCCUCAUGGAGGAGUGGCCUUGCCCUUUGUGCCCUCAUACACAAGCAGAGGCCUGAACUCAUUGACUAUGACUCCCUUCAUGAGGAUGAAGUAGCAGCGAACAAUCAAUUGGCCUUUGAUGUGGCUGAGCGUCAUCUUGGGAUUCAGCCAGUGACGACUGGGAAGGAGAUGGUUGCCGGGGCUGAACCAGACAAGCUGCUAAUGGUUUUAUACCUCUCCAAAUUUUACGUAGCCUUUAGGAACUUGCCUGGAAACAAAAAAGGAGCAAAAGAAAGAGAUGAGAAUAGUGAAAGGCAAUCAACAAAAAGCAACCUAGGCCAGCCCAGGAAGAGGAUACCAAAGGAUGACAAAAAAUUGGACGACGACUCUGUUCAUAAGAGGCGACGUAAGGGAAGCAGCUACCUCACAGAGUUAUCCUGUCACAGUGCGCCCUCAGCAGGUGUGGGUGGGAAAGUGCAGGAGAACAAGGUCCGAUCCAUGGCAACACAGCUGCUGGCCAAAUUCGAGGAGAACUCGGCAGAAAAAAUGCAUGGCAAGCUUGAGGAUGACCUACCUAGCCCAUCCUGUUCUUCACCUCUUUCACCUCCCUCCACCCCACUACCGUUCUCAAAUGAGGAGGUGGAGGAGGGUGAAAAUCCCCGCUUUGCAAAGCCGAAGGAUGCUCCCCCUCCCCCUUCUCAUCUGCUCCCCCCACAACCCAAGUGGCAGCCUUCCAUCUACCUUCGUUUACUGGAAAAUCCUGCCUCUUACUCCAUAAGCGGCAGUCGCUCUCCGUCACACUCACAUGCCAGUAGCCCGUUGCGCUCAACAAUUCCUGAACGACACCACACAGAAUGCACUUCUCCCGUUGCUAAAGCCAGCCAUUAUUCUGCGUCUUCUCUGUUGGACACUGAUCUUUCCUCAUCAAGGUCACAGGAGGAAAUGCAGCAGAAUAAUGCCGAGAGGCUGACAACUAGACAGUUUGCACAAAAGACAAUCAAGGAAAGAGCUGUUCUUCUCUCCUCCUUGUUUACUGGCUCCAACAAACCUACUCCUGUUCAUGUUUCCGCUCUCCCUCAAGCACAGGUUGAACUAUCUACCUCUAUCCCUCCUAUUCCUCCAUCUAAAAGCACCAAAAUCUACCCUGUGGUCCACCCUAUCCCUGACCCCACUGCUCAGGCUGGUUUCUUUAACCCUCUUCACCUCAAGCACAAGAAAUUAUCUCCCUCUCCCACGUUUUAUGCCGUCUCUGAAAGUACACAGCAAACUUGUCAUGUGGAUUCCCUGUCUAGUAAGCGCAAAGUCCCCACUGAAAUAUCUGGUUCUAACGUCAGCCGGGAUGCUGCAGCUCCACUCGCUAAAAUCAGCUUCUCUUCAUGUCCAAUUUUUGCACUAUCAGAAGAAAAUACAGGGACAGAAUACAGCCCUCAGGGCAAUCUCGAAACACGGCAAAUGCACGAAACUUCUCACGAGACAUCGGAGAGCCACAAAUGUGGUAUACAUGCAAAGUUCAAUGGAAAUUAUAGUCUUGAAGAUCCAAAAAGAGUCAUUCGCUCUGAGAGUUGUCCAACUGGAGCUCCAAGCUACAGUAAAGAGGUACCAUUUAAUAGCCCAGCCUCAAUCCAGCGCACAGUUGGAAAGGUGUCAUCAACCAUAGACGCUAAAGCCCAAAUACUAGCCGUCCUCUAUGAGACAGAUCACAGGCCCGGUGCUGCUACGUGUAUGGGACGUAAAGACUUCCACUCCGGACUUGGUGGCAGCGAUAUCUGCCACUUCUGUUCCAAGCGGGUAUAUGUCAUGGAGAGACUGAGUGCUGAAGGCUUCUUCUUCCACCGAGAGUGUUUCCGCUGUGACGUCUGUAACUGCACUCUCCGACUGGGCGGCCACACCUUCAACUCAUAUGAGGCAAAGUUCUACUGUAAGAUGCAUUAUACCCAAUACCAGUCCAGUACACACUUGAGGAAAAGAAAGGAGGACCACAGCCGUAUCACAGACUUGGUGCUAGAGAAGGGGAGAAACCCAGUGGCAAGCGGCAUCCAGACACAACCACCAGGUACCCUGGUUUCCUUGCUUAGGCAAGGCCUGAGUUGGCCGAGGCAUGCCAGCCGGGCUGUGUGUGUGAUUCCUGGACAUCUUUUGGGCAGUGUGCGUGAGUCUUUCGCAGCUGUGGGUACCCAUGUCAGAAGCUACUCACAUGAUUAUGUGUUCCUGUUUGAGUUGCUGGGCAUGGGCUGUUCUCUGCUCUGCGUAAUGCACGAGGUGCUUGGACAGAUCAGCCAGGAGGCUCAGCUAGCUCACGUGGACUGAGCUGCGGAAGUAGUCUCGGGCUCUGUCUCACAUAAGUGUGCUCCAUCUACUUCCCAUACUUCGAGAGUUGUCUCGUAUCUUUCUUAUCUGCAUUCCAAAGUGCCUUAUUGAAUAUAUUUUGGAAGGCCAAGGCGAUUUUUAUAAUCAUGAUAUACUAUUCAUCACCUGACUAGUUUCUAUUGUUUGUCUCCACCAUUUAGUUUUAUCCAACUUGAUGCCAUUUGAAGCCUAAUGUCAAGCAGCACAUUUAUGCUGUACGGAUGUUGUAAAGACCUGAAUGCAUGCGUAAUGCAAAUUUGCUUGUUCAAGGCUACAUCUCUAAACAAGUUAAAAUGAUUACCUAUACCCCUUUUGAUAAUGAAUCUGAGUUGAAAUGUUUGAAAAGUCUAACUGUUGUUCAUGCAGCAUUGAAUUCCAACUUGCAAAUAACCAAGAACGUGCUCUUGAAUCUAACUUUUAGAAUGUGUUGCAUGCUUUUAACUGAACUACAAGAAUUGACUCUACAAGAAUUCUACAUGGCUGUUGACACAGCAUUUUGCCUGCUGCACCAUGACUGCAAUGGAACUGCCAAAACGUUUUUUUUUUUUAACUGAAUAUUUUAAUUUGUUCAUGGUUAUGUUGUUUCACUUUUUUGUCCUUGGUUUAAAAUCAAUGUAAUCUUGCAAAGUAAAAAUCUGAUAGUGUUGUACUGGGACAACAAAUCUAUCUAAUAGAACAUUUGUGAAACCUUUACAUGUAUUUUGUUGUCUCGCUUUUAUUUUUUUAAAGCACUUUGGUUUUUACUAUUAUUUUGCUUCAGGCCAGCAAAAAAUGUUUUUUUUUAAACUCCUAAUAUUUAUAGAAUUUUGUGCUUGGAAAAAAGACCAAAGAAUUUCCAUUUUGACUGUUGAAUUAAAUUCUUCUGGUUUGAAUUUGUAAAAAUCCAAUUACUUUUUCAGUUCCUUUUCUGCACGUCAAUUUGUUCUGCCCCCAACACUCUUCUCAGACCUUUUUCCUCAAAAUUUCCUUCGUUCAUUCACUUCACUUUGUUCAGUCUGUUGAACAUUUACAAGGCAGUACAACUUGCGAUUGAUGCAAGAAGGGUGAGAGUUGGCCAUUGUCUGUUGUAACUAGUACCCAUUUGAGGUCAGAAUGCAAGAUGUGGCAAUAUGCUGAUGUUUCUUAAUACUUUCCCAGUUGUAAUAAUUGUGACGCAUAGAUGAAACUUUUUAUUGGACAUAUC